AUGCAAGGCGAGGCCGGAGCAACAAAGCGUGGUCACUGGAAGAAAUUUGCUGACAACAAACGCCGCAAGGCCAAAUACAUCGGCAUCAUCUUGCACAAUUGGGAGCUCUCGUCCCCCAAUGGCAUCCUCCCUGCGCAUCUGUGCCCGCGCGAGCGCACGAUGCCGUCGGAUAGACACAUGUCCGAGUACGAGCACAAAUCGCGCGUGCAGCUGGGUGCGGAGGAUACACCGGUGCUUGAGUAUGGCGAGUGGUCUAUAGAGCUGCGUCGUGGUCUCUGGGAGUUGAGUAAGGCUACGGUGGGUGAUGCCCCGUAUGCCGUCAGGGUGUAA